GGUACCUUCGCAAAGUGUUUGCUCGGGUUGCAAUGUUUGCAUGAGGCUCUGGCGUCUUGGCAUACGCUAACGGAACAAUGAAUGGCCCGCGGCGCGUCUCCAUUCAUUCAUGCAUCAGAGCAACCAUUAACGCGCCGUAUCAACCUCGACCUUGCGGCAGGUCGCUAUGUUUGCGUAAAGCCCAGUCGCAUGCAUCUGUUUAGCUGACUGCCAUCACUAUGUUCAAUUUCACACCUUUGCUCGGUGCGCAAUCUGCGUCGCCAGCAUCUCAGUCACUGCUCGAGUUCGAUGGGGGCGUGAAGGUGCUUAUCGACAUAGGCUGGGAUGAGAGCUUCGAUGUUGAAAAGCUCAAAGAGAUCGAAAGACAUGUCCCUACGCUCUCCUUCAUUCUGCUCACUCAUGCGACUACUGCACAUCUCGGCGCAUAUGUGCAUUGCUGCAAGAAUAUCCCAACCUUCACACGCAUACCCGUUUACGCAACAAUACCCGUCAUAUCACUAGGACGAACACUUCUUCAAGACCUCUACGCUUCCACGCCGCUCGCAGCCUCCAUAAUUUCGACCGAUGCCCUUAGCGAGUCGGCAUACGCGUAUCCAUCUGCACUCCCAGGUGGAGACAACCCAAACAUACUGCUUCAGGCACCGACACACGACGAGAUUGCAAACUACUUCGGCCUCGUAAACCCCCUCAAGUACUCGCAGCCACGCCAGCCGCUGGCAUCGCCGAGCUCACCACCUCUUAACGGUCUCACGAUUACCGCAUACAGUGCAGGACACACACUGGGAGGCACAAUAUGGCAUAUACAGCAUGGCAUGGAAUCAGUUGUCUAUGCGGUGGACUGGAACCAGGCAAGAGAACACGUGCUAUCUGGAGCUGCUUGGUUAGGCGGACCUGGAACUGGUGGAUCCGAAGUGUUAGAGCAGCUGCGCCGUCCUACUGCUUUAAUCUGCAGUAGCAAGGGAUCAGGCAAGCACACGAACAUAAAGGGCAACCAACGAGACGAGGCUCUCUUGUCUAUGAUUCGGGAUACCGUCGCCAGAGGAGGGUCUGUUUUGAUCCCCUCUGAUUCUAGUGCUCGCAUUCUUGAGCUGUCGUACCUCCUCGAAGAGACAUGGCAGAACGAAGCUAGCAGAGCAGACAGUAAUAGCCCGCUAAAGAACGCCAAACUGUAUCUGGCAAGCAGAACAGGUGGUGCGACAAUGCGAUACGUACGAAGCAUGGUUGAAUGGAUGGACGAAGGCAUCGUAAAGGAGUUUGGAGCCGGUGGUGCAGCAGACGGUCAGGAACAGGGCAAGAGCCGGACAGGUGGAAAAGACGACAGAGGCGCAAGGCCGCCAUUCGACUUCAGGCAUAUCAUAUUACUGGAGCGCAAAACACGUGUAACACGCAUGCUUGGCGAAGCGGAACCGCGUGUCAUACUGGCGAGCGACACAUCUCUGGAAUGGGGCUUUUCGAAAGAUGCCAUCAAGAGCCUGGCAUCGGAUGAGAAGAACUUGAUCAUUUUGACAGAACGUGUUGGUGAACUCAGUGGGCAAGAGAAAGGCCUGGGAAGAUAUCUAUGGGAAAUCUGGACCGAACAGAACGCAUACACUGAGCAAGGCUCAUCGACAACAGUCGUCAAUUCUCUAGGUCAGACUUCUGUACGGGCUGCUCGAACCGUAGCACUUGUAGGCGACGAAGUGCCUCUCUACCAGCAACAUCUGGCAAGACAGCGGCAACUGCACCAUACCAUGGGCGGAGAUGCUACUACCAACAUGGAGACCACUGAUGUUGUAGAUGACCGAUCAUCAACAACAUCAGAGAGCUCAGAAGACUCAGAAGAUAUGGUACAUCCACAUCAAGGAAAAGCCCUCAACACAACGGCUACCCUUCGCCAUGCUCGCAACAAAGUCGACCAGACUGACGCCGAGAUGGGUGUUAACAUCCUCACCCGGCGUAAGAAUGUACACGACUUUGAAGUUCAGGGCAAGAAGGGCGCUGACAAGAUGUUCCCCAUCAUUACCAAGCGAAGACGUGCAGACGACUUCGGAGACCUCAUUCGACCCGAAGAGUUCGCCCGCGCAGAAGAGGAAGAUAACGUCCCCGGCGAGCCUUCACGUGGUGAUGCAGCAAAGAAGGAGAAUGCAGUUGGUCAAAAGAGGAAGUGGGAUGGUGUAGCAGACGCACCCGCCGAGCCAGACAGCGAACCAGAAGAUGAUCCAGACAAGGUCGAUGGGCCCGCAAAGGUCGUUAUCGAGUCAGAAACGCUCGAUAUUAGGUGUCGCAUCACCUACAUCGACUUCUCCGGCCUGCACGACCGCCGCACCAUUCAAACCCUCAUCCCCUUGAUCAGGCCUCGCAAUCUCAUCUUCGUCGCUGGCGAAGAGACAGAAACCAAAGACCUCGCAGAAGAGCUCCGGAAGACACUAGCCUCCAUUGAAGCGGGCAGCAACAUCGACGUUUUCACCCCCGCAGUCGGCACAAUGGUCGAUGCUAGUGUCGACACAAACGCUUGGUCCGUCAAGCUAUCGCGCAGCAUGAUCCAAAAUCUGCGAUGGCAGAAAGUCCAUGGUCUGGGUGUUGUUGCUAUUACUGGACGCUUGCAGGCCGCGAGUCUCGAGCCACCCCCGAAAGAGGAGGAGGACGAAGCUCCAGCGAAGAAGAGAGCGAGACUUGAAGCUACGCCUGCUGUGCCUGUAAGCCAGGAAGCAAGCGAUGACACACCAGUCUUGGACGUAAUACCGACAAAUAUGGCGACUGCUGUGCGCUCUGUUGCUCAGCCGUUCCAUGUGGGUGACUUGAGGCUCGCUGAUCUUAGAAAGCUCAUGAAAGCUUCUGGCAUGGAGGCCGAGUUCAGGGGCGAAGGCGUGCUAGUCAUCAAUGGCACGGUUGCAGUAAGGAAAACAGCAGCAGGAACCAUCGAGGUUGAUGGCGGAGCAUACAGCUUUGCUGAUCCUAGGAGUAGCGAUGCAGCUACGUUCUUCAAGGUCAAAAGGAAAAUCUACGAGGGCUUGGCCGUCGUUGCUGGCGGUUGAAGCCUGCAUGGUGGUGUCUAUCAUCGGUGCGGUACGUCUUGGAGCGAAAAGGAUUGAUAUUGGGCGGUCGUAAUGUGUUAUUGAGCCAUUGCGGAUUGAAAUGAUACCAUGAC